AUGAAUUUUAAUGUCUGGAAUAUCAAAGAGAUGUUCAGUAUUCCCUCAGGCUCUGGGGUCACUAAACCAUCUAACUGGAAGAGCAAUCAGACUGAUUGUUCUCUCAGUGAUUCCCAGUUCCUUUUUGGAUCUCAGUUUUGUCCAGAAAAUUCAGAGACUCUGUUAGCAUCCUUGGAUGCUGAUGCCUACUCAAGACACCCAAAACAGACUCAACAGAGUUCUGUAGAUAAUGAACCUAGUAUUUUCACAAAAUACCAGACGAAGCCCCAGUUAUUUGGAGGUGAUACAAAGGAUGAAGGCUUAUUUUCUCUUCCUUUGCCAGCUGGAAAAUCAAAAGGACUCUUGAAACAGUUUGAGGAGAAAAAACGAAGGGCAACGGACAAAUGUGACAGUGAGUUGCUGUACAACUUUGUCUCUCAUUUUCAAGAAGUUAUUAACAAGUUGCAGACAUCUGUGGAAAAGUCUGAGAAACAUCUCAGUUCAAGAAGCCAAUCUAUUUUGGAUUCUUUGGAGUCCAUAGCUGAGACAUUUCAAGAGACUGCACGGGUCCAGCAUGACCUGAUGGUUGAGGCAAUACAGGAAAAAGGCAGUAUGGAGCAGACCAUCCUAGAGAUACGGAAGAGAUCUGAAGCUAGACAAGCAGAUUUUAUAGAGAUGAAAUCCAACCUCAAGAACCUUGAAGUUUUAGUUGCCCAGCAAAGUAAUAACUUCCAGCAGCUUUGUGAGAACCUGGGCCAACUCAAUGUGCCUAGUAUCCUAGAGGAGCUGAAAAAAUUUGCCUCUGUGUCUCAGGUGGCCCAGCAUCUGAAAGACAGCACCUCCCAGACCUCACCGUCUCUGGCUCAGAGCCCCCGUUUUACUAUGCAGGAAAAAUAUCCCUCUGAGGAGCCAGCUACUUGGCAGGCCCAGGUGUCUCUUGCAGGGAAUCCCAGCAAGAGUUUCCAGAGGCCUGGGAAGUUUGCAGGAGCAGAGAGUGAUGGUUUUCAAAAGGCUGCAUUGCCAGCGGAUGGGCCCCAUAGAGGAAAUGAGCAUGUAAAGAAUAAGAUUUACUGCAAGAGCUGGGUUAUGACAACCAGGAGCCUCAGCAACCACUGCUCUAACCUCCCAAGCCAGGAGGUGGCCAGUGACCGGGAUCAAAUUGCCCAAGAAACUUCUCAGCUGGGCUUUAAUAAGAGUGAAACCAGAGUUAAGAAUAUCUGCCCCAAAAAUGAAACCCAAAGCAUGUUUUCUUUUGACUCAUUUGAACAGUCAGCAACUGAACAGAAGGGUGGAACCUGCAGAAAAGGGAGGAAAAGCAAGAAGCAGCCAUCCAGGAAGUCAAAGAGAGGCAGGUAUUUAGCUAGGAAGCAAGAACAGACCCCAAGGAAGGAAUGUGCUUUUGUCUCUAAGCAUCACAGUUCUCAGUCUCCAGUUUCUAGCCCACAAGGGCCCCUCUUGCGUCAGCUGGCUCCAAGAGGCUCCACAAAGUCAGCCUGUCAUAAUUUGGAAGGAACAGCGAAGACCAGUAAGACGGAAAAGGCAGCACAAGGGAACCGCCUGCAGUCUACUCAGAGCUUCAGCAGUUUCCAGGGGGAGCAGCAGAUAAACUGGUUCACUGACCUCAGCCUCGAAAUCCCAGAGCCGCCUUUGUUUAAGAAGGCAGGGAAGAAUUUGCUCUGUGAUCCAGAUUUUGAUAGCAGCGAUGAUAACUUGUAGACUUGCCACAGUGACUUUAGCUGAUGGUUUGUUGAUUUCAGAAAAACAAUUCUAGACCAUUUGGGCUGGGCAGUAGUAUAGUAUCUGCAGCUGGCUUAUCCAGAGUCAGAGUCCUUGACUGACAGCAGGAGUAGGGGAGAAUCUCAUACUUUGGGAAUCAGUUGCCACUCAUGACAAAGGGAAGUUACAGGGAAGAAAUGUGUGAAGGGAGCUCAGGCAGCAGCCUCUGGUGAGGCAUUAGGAAGGUGGCUAUGUGUCCUUGGUGAAAGGGGCAUUAGCUUCCUUAUGGAAUACUAUUUAGAAGAACUCUCACAAAACUGUUGUGACUGCAUGACCAGCUCUCAAAACAUUCCCUGCACCUGAUGGAUACCUUUUUGAGCCACAGCAUCUUAUUUUCUUUAUCUAGUUAUGCUAACAGAGUUUUCUCUUUUCCAUUAGGGAGCACAUUACAGUUACACUCUUAGGCUAGUGCUAAUUCUACAAGCAUGUUUCAAUUUUCAGCUAUAAAUCAGUCUACUUAAGAACAGAGUGGUAGCCAGGUGGUAGUGCUACUUGGGAGGCAGAGGCAGGUGGAUCCCAAGGCCAGCCUGGUCUACUGAGUGAGUUCCAGGACAGCCAAAGAUACAUGAAGAAGAGUGUUAAAGAUGCCUAUGAAAGUUGGGCAUGGUGGCUCACACCUGUAAUCCUAAUAUUCAGGAAGCAGGGACAGAAUUGAUUCAGAUUUGAGGCCAGCCUGUCCUACAUAAGGAGUUCCAGACCCAUUACAU